AUGUCUUCAAGAACAGCAGCCGCUGCUUCUUCCUCAGGUGGAAACUCCACACUAGGAUCAGCAACUCCAUCAUUAGACGACAAGCCAGAGAGAAUCGCACGUUCGGAAGAUAACUUCAACAACACUGAUCCAGAGAAGGGUUCAGAACCCACCAGUCCACCUCCCGAACAAGUCAGAACAGUUACUGGUUGGAAAUGGAUUCUCGUUUGUGUUGGCUUCUAUGUCGCUACCUUCUUGUACGGCUUGGACAAUACAAUUGCCGCUGAUAUUCAAUCGGCUGUACUUGGUACAUAUGGUGAUAUCUCAAAGCUGUCUUGGUUGGGCACUGGGUUCCCAUUAGGUUCUAUCGCUACAAUCUUAACCAUUGGUAAAGCUUAUGGUACUUUCAAUGUCAAGUGGACCCAUGUCGUUUCAGUCUUUAUCUUCAUCGUCGGUAGUGCUGUAUGUGGUUCGGCUCCAAACAUGAAUGCACUCAUUGUUGGAAGAGUCAUUGCUGGUAUUGGAGGAGCUGGCAUGUAUCUUGGAACCCUGAAUCUAGUCGCCAUCAAUACUACCAUUCUCGAACGUCCUCUCUAUCUAGGAGGCGUGGGUAUUACCUGGGGUCUCGGAACGAUUCUUGGUCCUGUGAUUGGAGGAGCUUUUGCUGAUUCAGCAGCAACCUGGAGAUGGGCCUUCUAUAUCAAUCUCGUCAUCUUCGCUAUCGCAGUACCGGCACUUCUUUUGAUUCCGUCAUUUGAUCCACAACCUGACCUGGAUGUACGCCACAAACUUAGACACGUUGACUGGAUUGGAGCUCUAUUGAAUGCUGGUCUCUUUACUUCAUUCGUCAUGGCCCUUACCUUUGGUGGUGCUAACUGGGCUUGGAACGACGGCCGUACCAUUGGUACAUUUGUCGCCUGCGGUGUCAUCUUCAUCGUUUUCGCAAUCCAACAAACAUUCUGCAUCUUCACCACACCCGAAGACCGAUUAUUCCCAGUUCAAUUCCUCAAAUCACGAACCAUGGUUCUCCUAUUCAUCUGCACCGCCGCAGCAGGAACAGCACUCUUCGUCCCAAUCUUCUACAUCCCUCUCUUCUUUCAAUUCGCCAAGGGUGACGAUGGAAUCGAAGCCGCCGUCAGACUUUUGCCAUUCAUCGUCCUGUACAUUGUAUCCGUCAUGGCUCAAGGAGUAUUGAUGCCCAAGUUUGGUUACUACUGGCCCUUCUUCGUCAUCUGGGGCGUGUUCGCACUCGCUGGAGGCGCCGCCAUGACCACCGUCACCACCUCCACAACCGCAGGUUCCAUUUACGGAUGGAGUAUUCUCAUCGCCAUCGGCUGCGGUAUGACCACCCAAGCAUCCUACAGCAUCGCCCCCGCAAUCCUCGGCCGAGAUGGUCGUGGCUCAGAAGUCCCAGCCUCAAUCGGUUACAUCAACGUAGCUCAAAUCGGCGGUGUAGUCAUUGGACUAGCGGUCUCCGGUGCAGUCUUCCAGAACACCGCCUUUAUCAAGGUCAGUGAGGCGUUUGCAGGUCAAGGUUUCACCACCGAACAACUUCGAAGUGCAACGGCGGGUUCUCAAAGUGCUAUUUACGCAACAGUGUCCCAAGAAUUGAGAGAUAAGGCCAUUGAGGGGAUCGUGGAGGCAAUGGAUAAAACUUAUUACUUGGUUGUGUCCGGUGCAGCUCUAACGCUCAUCUUGAGUUUCUUUUUGAAGCGCGAGAGAUUGUUCAUGGAGAUGGCUGUUGGUGGAUAA